GGGCAGAGCUCCGAGGAGGACGGGUCCGCUGCGGCGCGACGCCGUCUACUCCGGCUUGCUGUCCCGCGCGUAACUUGCUCUUCGGCGCUGGGCGCCUUCACCAGCGAUGGAUUGGGGGAGCUGCAGCUCCUGAAGCCCCGGACUUCUCCCCUCCCCCUGCCCCUGCUCGCCUUGCAGGAUCAGUCGCCCCCUAAGACAGACACACGCGUGCACAAGGCCCCCCCUCCCCCUUCCCCGGUUGUGCAGAAACUUCUUUUUCUGUUGGGCUUUUUCUUCUGUGUGUAAAAUGGAGGGAGCCAGUCCCAGGAUGGCUCUGCAGCCGCGGACGCCCGGCUCCGCGCCGCCCAGCCUGUAGGCAAGUGAAGGGGGACGGGCAGGGGGAGAGCCCUGCGCCCGCUCGGCUCCUCUCGUCCCCCGCGCCCAACCGCGGAGAGGCCGCGCCGGCGGUCGGAGCGCUGCCGGGAGCCGAGUGGGAGCGCGGGGAGCCCCGCGGCGGCACCACCUGGGCUGGUGGGACGGAUCAUCGCCCGCGGCGCUUUCGCUGCCGCUUGUGAAGAUUUUUAUUUGCUUCCGCACAAUCACGCCCACGGGCGCUGUGUGCGUGUCUUGGGUUGGCUUUUUUUUUUUUUUCCCUGGGUUUUUUUUUUUCGCCUCCUUCUUCUGGUGGUGGAAAGCCCUAAUUACUGUGAUUGCUGAUGGACCUUGGAAAGAAGGCUACACUGGUGCCCCGCUCCGCAGUCGGACACGCUCAGCCUGAGCCGGACAGAGCGACCACUCGCCCGUCGCCCCCCGGCAGCCCCGCGGGCCCCCGCGCUCCCCCGGCAGCCGCCGCCGCCGCCCGCUACCCGGGAGGAUACCGCUCGGCUCCUGCGAUCCAGGAUUUUAUUUUCGCCUCGCCCUUUCCCCUCCUGCUCUACUUGGAUUACUUGGCUGCUCUCGCUCGGUGAUCCCGCGGCAAUGGAGAAAUCCACUGCAGUAUUAAUCCAAGGAGGUGCUUUGGGGACAGUUGGCAGUACAAUGGCUUCUCAGUACCUCGUAGUGGCUCUGGCCAUUUUCUCUUCUUUUACCCAGGUUGUAAUAGAAGCCAGCUCUUGGUGGUCUUUAGGGAUGAACCCUAUGAACCCCAUGAACCCUGUUCAGAUGUCAGAGGUAUAUAUAAUAGGAGCCCAGCCACUGUGUAGCCAGCUAGCAGGGCUUUCCCAAGGACAGAAGAAACUCUGCCAAUUGUAUCAGGACCAUAUGCAGUUCAUUGGAGAGGGUGCAAAGACGGGCAUUAAGGAGUGCCAGUAUCAGUUCAGACAUAGAAGAUGGAAUUGCAGCACUGUGGACAACAACUCUGUUUUUGGCAGAGUCAUGCAGAUAGGCAGCCGGGAGACGGCGUUCACCUACGCGGUGAGCGCAGCUGGGGUGGUCAACGCCAUGAGCCGUGCCUGCCGGGAGGGUGAGCUCUCCUCCUGCGGCUGCAGCCGAGCAGCGCGGCCCAAGGACUUGCCCCGGGACUGGCUUUGGGGCGGCUGCGGGGAUAACAUCGAGUAUGGGUACCGCUUCGCCAAGGAGUUUGUUGAUGCCCGGGAGCGCGAGAGGGUUUACCAGAGAGGCUCCUACGAGAGCGCCCGCAUCAUGAUGAACCUGCACAACAACGAGGCCGGGAGAAGAACUGUGUACAACCUGGCUGACGUGGCCUGCAAGUGCCACGGUGUCUCUGGUUCCUGUAGCCUGAAGACCUGUUGGCUGCAGCUUGCCGAUUUCCGCAAGGUAGGCGAUGCCCUGAAGGAGAAAUACGAUAGCGCUGCUGCCAUGAAACUCAACAGCCGGGGCAAGCUGGUGCAAGUGAACAGCCGCUUCAACGCACCCACCAUCCAUGACCUGGUCUACAUCGAUCCCAGCCCUGACUACUGUGUGCGCAAUGAGAGCACUGGGUCCCUGGGCACCCAGGGCCGCCUUUGCAAUAAGACCUCGGAGGGCAUGGAUGGCUGUGAACUCAUGUGCUGCGGCCGGGGGUAUGACCAGUUCAAGACGGUGCAGCGAGAGCGCUGCCACUGCAAGUUCCACUGGUGCUGCUAUGUGAAAUGCAAGUUGUGCACAGAGAUCGUGGACCAAUUUGUGUGCAAAUAGGGGACAGACGAGGUGGAAGGAACUGCAGCUACCUGCCAGCAAGGGGUGCAGGCCCCUCUCCCUUUCUACAGGACUAUCUCCAAUUUAUUUAUAGAGUCCAAUGAGUUGUCGUCUUCUUUUAAAAAAAAAUUAAAAAAAAAAAAGAAAAAAGAGAAAAAAAAAAGGCAGGGGGAAGGAAAAAAGAAAAAAUAUAAAGGUUGCAAAGAGAAGUGCCUGGAAACCCUCUCUGCGUCCAUCCCAGGACUGUGUGUGGCUUAUAUUUUUGGCAAUAAUGGGGAAGAACGUGAGAAUAUUUAUUUUACAAAGUAAAAAAAAAAACAAAAACAAAACAAACUUUUCUUAAAAAACACUAGAGUAGUUUGAGGGGAAAAUCCAACAUAUCCCCAUUUAGUCCCGUGGGACGUAAUACAUGUGCAGUAGCAGAGCAACCAUGUAAUGUGCUUGGGAUGUUAGAACAAUACUUACGGAUGUGAGGAAUACACAGAGCUGUCCAUGACUUCUAGUUUCAGACACUAGAAGUUAUCAGAAUAGGGCAUAUAAAGCUGUUAAGUACAUUUAGGGCUCUGUAAAUAAGGGGGUAUAUUCAUCACAAAGUACGUUGUCAGUUGCAUAUCUGAAUGUGCCCACUUGAAUAUGCAAUGUCAUCGAAGGGUAAAGAGCAAAGGAUCAUAGAGGCUUCAACUGCGCUAUUCCUGAGUCACCAUGUCUGGUUCCAGAACCUAACAAGACCAAAAAAAAGAGGAAAAAAAAUCUGCCUUGAUGAAUAAUGAAGAUAUUCUUCCAGGCAGGAUUUGGCCUUAUUAGCUAAUUGUGACGUUCAAGUGUCUCAUCUUACAGAGCAGUGCUUCACUCCUGCUGAGGGUUUAGAGAGCCAAGAUGCAGACUGCAUGGGGCACUGUGGCCGGACGGAGGGGAGCUGCAAUGCUUGCAAGCAGUUUUUGGUCUCCCAGCUUGGAAAGCCCAUAGAAAACAGAAUUCCCCAAAUUUGAAAAUGCCUUAAAAAUGGUGUAAUAGCUGGCUGUCUUUCAAAACACAGCUUGACAAAUAACUCCUCUAAUUUUAUGUGAGAAAAUAAAUCAUUAGAUAUCCACUCUUGGAAUGAUUGAUUUUUAUAUAUUUUUUUCGCAGAUUUUGGGAACGCUUUCACUCAAGGAGACAAUAGUUUCAUAUUUAAUAACAUUAACUGACUAUUAUAGUUCAAUGAAAUGUUGCAGCAAUACCAAAUUUAUCAUCCUAUGUCUUUAAUACACAUGCUUUAGAUAAUAUAUUGCAGAUAUACACUACAACUGUUCAGACUAUACUUGAGCAGUUACAUAUAUAUGGGAGAACUGGUCUGCUGGUGUCUGAUAUUUCAAAGCUUUUUGUACAUAUAUAUUUUAAUGAUUUAAGAAAUAAUAAAAUGUCUAAAUUGCAGGGGUGGUUCAUCCCCCAUUCUGUUUUUCAGUUCUCUUAAGUUUACUAGAUUGAUUCUAACCUUUCGGUGUUUCUAUUUUUAAGCUUUAAAGCUUUUAUCAUUCAAAAGUUUUAAGGAUAGUCACAAAGAAUUAAGCCUCUUCCCAGCUUCACGACUGUCUUGGGCAGUUGGUAGAGGCAGCACCCUGCACUUGAAUUGAUACUGGUCUGGAGAUCACUUCGAUUCCAGUCUCACAUUUAAGGGCAUUAUUGAUUGUUGCUGAAAGGAGACACCUUCCAACUCCAAAAUGUGCUGCAUGUGGCCCUUGCUUUUCAGUUUUUGAAAUGGAAAUUGUUGUUUGUCGAAUAAUAUGCGUUCCCCCAAUACUGUGUAGUUAUACAGGAUUUCAUCAUUGGUUCAGAUGCCUCUUUCCAACUCGCUCCCAUCCAACAAGUUAAAGAAAACGGUUUUUCAAAUACCAAGUGAGGAAAAUCUUUCACUUUAGCCUAGUUGUACUAAAGCCUUGACUUUUCACAAGCCUUUAAGCUGUAUCAUUAAGUUCAUCUUGAUCAUUUAUCAGCUUCUUAAAUGGCGCUUUAUUGCUCUUAAUUUAUUGUACAAGGACAUAUUUACCCCUCAUCUUCAGAUGUUUGCAAAGACUAUCUUUAAGAUAAAUAAAUAAAGCACUAAUUCAUUGAAUAUGUCACUUUGGUUUUUAUUGUACAAAAACCAUGAUCAUUUUUUCAUUCAUUUGGUGAAUCACCUCAUGUUCUUUUUUAGUGACUUUGGUCUGAGCAGAACUGAAUCUCGUGAUCCCAGCUAUUAAAACACUAUUUAAUGUAAAAUAUUUUACUUGUCAUUCAGAUAUGUAAAUCUCCUAUGUCCUUUUCUCUGUUCUGUACAUUUAAUGUACAUAUUUCUGUCUUGAGUGAUUUGUAUAUUUCACUGGUUUAAAAAAAAAAAAGAAAGGAUUAUGCCAUAAUGGAAGAUAGACUAUAAAAAUAAAACUUUGGUUGUA